GGACUCGAUUGAUGGGCCCUUUUUUUUUUUUUUUUUUUUUUUGAAGCCACGCCGUCGUUAACACAGAGCGCCGCUCCGCUUUUCGCGUCCUCCUCCACCUCCUCCGUCCUCCUCCACCUCCUUCCUCCUCCACCUCGAUGUUCAAGACGGCCAAUUACCCCACGGUGGAUCCGGCGCCCACCAUCAUGCGCGGCACCUGGUUCGCCACGGGCUGCCGAGAAACGCCCGUGGCGGUGGAGAAGCCGAAGAAGAAGAAGAAGGCGGCGGCGUUCAGCCUGGUCAAAAUCAUGUCCCUCGGCAACAAGAAAGGACACGGCCAGCAGCCGCAACAGCACAACCACCACCACCACCAACAACAACAACAACAACACCACCACCACCAACAACAACACCACCAGCAGCAGCAGCGACACCAACACCACAACAACAACAUGCCCUUCGCGAUCCACUGUCACAUCGGGAAGGAGAUCAAGCACAUUUGCGGCAAUUGCAGCCGCGGGAACGACACGCAGGACGCUGAGGAAGUAGAGAGGCUGGCCGCCAUGCGUUCCGAGUCUUUGCUCUCCGGCUCCCACACUCCACCCAUCCGUCGUCGGAGCAAAUUCGCCACUCUGGGACGCCUCCUCAAGCCCUGGAAAUGGAGGAAGAAGAAGAGCGAGAAGUUCAAGCAGACAUCCGCUGCUCUGGAGAGGAAGAUGUCAAUGCGACAGAGCAGAGAUGAGUUGAUCAAGAGAGGAGUGCUGAAAGAGAUCUUUGAAAAAGCAACCGUUGAGUUUGGAUCCUCGAUGGACGGCAGAGUCCACACUCAGGAGUCCUCUAUGAAGUCAUCUAUGCUCCUGCCCACCAAGAAAUCCGUCACCUACUCGGGUGACCUUCAGGAUAACCCCGCCAAGCCGCCGAUGUACCACAAACAGCCUCCUGCUCUCCCUCCAAAGCCUUUCUCUAGGAUCCCAAACCAUAGCACAGAUUCUUGCCAGCCAAUGAAGUUGCCCUGCAUGCCCGGGGGAAAGCACUCUCCCCCUCUGCCUCCCAAGAAAGUGAUGAUUUGUGUGCCUCAAGGGGGACUGGACUCCUCCACCUCCCCUUCUCCGUCCCCCAACCCCCUCUGCGCCCUCUCCCAGAAGUGCGGCCCUCAGCAGGGCAUGUCCCUCCACCACGGCUCCUUGCUGCCCUCCCAGCUCGCCGCGCUGUCGGGCCUCCACCAGAGCCACGGCCACCCGUUCCAGCUCCAGUACGGCAGCUUGCACGCGCCCAGCCGCAUCAUCGAGGAGCUCAAUAAAACCCUGGCGCUCUCCAUGCAGAGGUUUGAAAGCUCGGCGUUGCACGGCAUCGGUCAGUGUCUUCCCCUGGACAGGAGAGAAGUGCCGUCUGUGAUCAUCGACUACGAGGAUGACAAGGAGAACAUGCCCAACGAGUGCGAUUACGAGGAUCUGCCCAGCAUGUACAAGGACGAGGACGACAGUGUGGACGACGAGGAUGACGACGACGAGGAUGACGACUCCUUAUUUACUAGUUCCCUGGCUCAGAAAGUGCUGAGGAAAGACUCUCUGGCCAUCAAGCUGAGUAACCGUCCGUCCAAACGAGAGCUGGAGGAGAAAAACAUCCUGCCCCUGCAGACCGACGAGGAGAGGCUGGAGUCCAGGCAGCAGAUCGGCACCAAACUAACGAGGCGCUUGAGUCAGAGACCGACGGCGGAGGAGCUGGAGCAGAGGAACAUCCUCAAACCUCGCAAUGAGCAGGAGGAAAUCGAGGAGAAGAGGGAGUUAAAACGAAGGCUAUCACGAAAGCUGAGCCAGAGGCCCACUGUAGAGGAGCUGAGACAGGCCAAGAUCCUCAUCCGAUUCAGUGACUAUGUGGAGGUGUCGGACGCCCAGGACUACGACAGGCGGGCAGAUAAACCCUGGACCCGGCUCACAGCGGCAGACAAGGCAGCUAUACGGAAGGAACUCAACGAUUUCAAGAGCCACGAGAUGGAAGUGCACGAGUCCAGUCGCCAUUUAACCAGGUUUCACAGACCAUAGUAGACCACCACUGUCUCGAGCGGUGCCGGACUGGCGCUCUCCUCCACUGAGAACCUUAAGUGCUGGACAGUAAAAUGGUGCCCGUUUCUACAAUAAGGCCAUGUCUUCUGAAAUGCCUUUUUCAAGACCCACGCGACUGAGUCGGUACCACGCUUUCAAGACGCAGACACCCACCACUCCAUCCAAUGUAGUAGCACACAAUUGACUCCAGUUGAUUCACAUUGCCC